ACAUACAGUUCCAUACAUUCAGGAAUGCAGGUACCAUGCAUUCUACUCUUCCUUCUACAUUUAACUCAGGCCCGGCUCCAAGCCCCUAGCAGCUAUGCAGGGAUACAGGAGCAACCAUCCCACCAGGCACCCUCAGCAGAACCCACGGAUAAUCAGCUGACCGGUCAAACUACAGAGAUUCAGUUAGAAGAGCUGCAGGAGGAAUAUGAGAUAUUAUGGAGAAAAUAUAGAUUUACUCUGCUCCAACUUCUAGAUCAUCUACCUGUGUCAAGCCAGGAGAAAUACAACCAGGAAAUACGAACGGUGAAAAGGAACUCUAACAGAAAUAACUUUUGGACUUCGAUGUCAAGAAUGGGGAAACGGGAGCCUGGUCCUGGAAUGUGGUCUAUCACUAAUAAUCUUGAUGUUCUUGAUGAUGCAAUUAACAAGAAGAUAAACAAGAGUAAUCUCAAGAAUAUCGGAUAAACAAGAAUAAUCUCAAGAAUAUCGGAUAAACAAGAGUAAACUCAAGAAUACCGGAUAAACAAGAGUAUACUCAAGAAUAUCGGAUAAACAAGAGUAAUCUCAAGAAUAUCGGAUAAAUAAGAGUAAUCUCAAGAAUAUCGGAUAAACAAGAGUAAUCUCAAGAAUAUCCGAUAAACAAGAGUAAAAUCAAGAAUAUCGGAUAAACAAGAGUAAUCUCAAGAAUAUCGGAUAAACAAGAGUAAACUCAAGAAUAUCGGAUAAACAAGAUUAAUCUCAAGAAUAUCGGAUAAACAAGAGUAAAAUCAAGAAUAUCGGAUAAACAAGAG